AUGUCGUUCCUCACCGGUGCCAUCAGGACUGCCGCCGUCGGCGCUUCCGCCAGGUCCGCCCUCAUGCGCGGCGCCGUCGCUCCUGCCGCCCAGCAGGUCCGCUUCUACGCCGCCCACCACGAGGAGGAGUCGUUCGAGGCCUUCAACAGCCGCUACGUCGGCUUCUUUGACGCCGUCGAGGACCUUUUUGAGCUGCAGCGCGGCCUCAACAACUGCUUCGCCUACGACCUCGUCCCCUCGCCCGAGGUCAUCGAGUCGGCCCUCCGCGCAUCCCGCCGCGUCAACGACUACUCGACCGCCGUCCGCGUCUUUGAGGGAAUCAAGCAGAAGGUCGAGAACGAGGGCCAGUACAAGCAGUACGUCGAGGCCCUCAAGGGCGUCAGGGAGGAGCUCGGCAUCCAGCUCAAGGAGGAGAUGUACAACGCGUAA